AACUUUGUACUGCUGCACGAUCGUUUGUACUGGCUACCUGUCUUAACACAGCCACCCAGCCCUAAUCCCUUAUCUCCAUUGUCCUCUCUGCCUCACGCUAAAUCUUCUUAGCCAUCUACCCUAAAACGAUACUUUGUACUCCUCUAUCUUCUUCUUCUUCUUCUAUAAAUUAACACAGCGAUCUCGACCUUCCUUUUUCAAGCGACUCUGCUCUGCUCUGCUCUGCUCUAAUGGCCGAGACCGUCGUCCUGAGGGUUGCUAUGUCAUGCCAAGGAUGCGCAGGGGCGGUUAAGAGAGUUCUUACCAAUAUGGAAGGAGUGGAGUCGUUCGAGGUGGAUCUGCAAGAACAGAAGGUGACAGUUAAAGGCGAUGUAACGCCUGAAGCUGUUUUCCAAACCGUAUCGAAAUCAGGCAAGAAGACUUCUUUCUGGGAGGGGGAAGCCAAAGAACCAGCCCCGGCUCCGGAGACAGAGGCGGAGCCGGAGGCGGUGGCGGCUCCGGCUGAGCCUGUUCCGGAGGCUGCUCCUGAUGUAGCCGCUGCUGCUGCGGCAACAGCUUGAUUGCCAUGAUCCACGGGUGUUUAAGCAUGAACUGUAUUGCUCAACCUCAGCAGCUUACUAUUUUAUUAAUAAUGAGAGCUCUUAUUCAGUCA